GUCCCUAAAAGAGGAUAAAUCACCAAGAAGAGGAGGAGGAGGAAGCAAAGGGGGCGGGGGGGUUCUCCCAGCAUCGGUAUGCCUGCCCGCCUCAUUUCCACUCCAGACGUCGUCGUCGCCGCUGCUGCUCCUCGGGAUAGAAAUAACAGCUGAGCUGCGAUUAUUCGCGUCAGGCGUUUUCAACAUCUGUCACCUCACACGCCGCUUUUCAUCCUGCCAGCUGUGAUCCCGUCGCACAGGACGGGGGGAAGAAGUCCUGCGAAGAAGCGGCAAGACAGACGCGGAAGUGUGAUGAUAACGAGGUAAAGAUGACGGGCGAGAGAGGACGAAAAAGGAAUUAUCAUCCUUGAUGCUCUGCAUGUCACACAGCAGCAUGUUUUCACCGGACGCUGUGUUUGUGACUCUGGGGACUACAAACGUGUAAACGGGAGCCCUCGUUCUGUCCCGUCUGCAGGAGAUGUUGAAGCCAUCUCUGACUCGAGUCUCGAGCAUAAAGCAGUCUGGAAUUUCUUCGAACGAGGCUCUGGACAAACGGAAAGUAGGAGACACUGAGUUCAUCUGCUAAAAAAAACAGAGGACAUCUUCACCUUCCUCCGUCCUCUCCGCUUUUGGAAUGAGGUGUCACUAUGGAAUUCAAUCUGGUUUGGAUUGAAACCCUACAGCCAGUUCCAACACCAGGAAGCUAGCGACCUGCCGACAUAGUCCUUGGGCUCUCCGUACCCUUAAAGGCCCCCAAAUAGACCUGCCCAAGAUGAUGAAUUCCUCCCUGGAUCCACUGGACCAGACCCCUGCUGACCUGUCAAACUUCUCCACCCCCUUUUGCUUACUUGAGAUCAGCUAUUCCACAGUCUUCACCACCUGUCUGCUGGAGGUCUCCAUUAUACUUCUCCUCAGCGUUCUGAUCAUUUCAGGCAACCUGGUGGUGAUUUUCGUCUUCCACUGCGCCCCGUUGCUCAGCCAGCACACCACCAGCGCUUUCAUCCAGACGAUGGCGUACGCCGACCUGCUCGUGGGCGUCAGUUGCCUCUUCCCCACCCUGUCCCUACUCCAUCAUCUUCAGGGACUGGACCCCAAGCUCACCUGCCAGGUGUUUGGCUACAUGGUGUCGGUCUUGAAGUCCGUCUCGAUGGUAUCGUUGGCAUGCGUGAGUGUGGACCGCUACAUCGCCAUCACGUGCCCCCUGACCUACGCCGCCCUGGUCACACCGUGCCGGGUGCGCUGCUGCAUCGUGCUGAUAUGGCUGUACUCGGCGCUGGUGUUUCUGCCGUCCUUCCUCGGGUGGGGCAAGCCGGGUUACCACGGCGAUGUGGUGGAGUGGUGCGCCGUGGAGUGGCGGACCCGCCCGGCCUUCACCACCUUCAUUGUGGUGCUGCUCUACGCUCCAGCCACCCUCACCGUCUGCUUCACCUACGCCAACAUAUUCAAGAUUUGCCGACAGCACACGCGGGAGAUCAGCGAACGCCACGCUCGCUACCGGCCCCAGCAGCAGCAGCAAGACCCCGCCACGACCUCUGGAUCUCUGGUCAAAGACAAGGGGGAGGCGGACCAGAGGAACUUGCAGUACCAGCAGCCCUCCUCCACAUACCCAGAUAAACGAUACGCCAUGGUACUCUUCCGGAUUACCAGUGUUUUCUACAUCCUCUGGCUGCCGUACAUCCUCUACUUCCUGCUGGAGAGUGGCGGGAUCUACCACCACCCGGCGGCGUCCUUCCUUACCACCUGGCUGGCCAUCAGCAACAGCUUCUGCAACUGUCUCAUCUACAGCCUCUCCAACUCUGCCUUUAGGAAGGGCCUCAAGCGCCUCUGCUCCUACUGCUUACAGCGCAGCGCCGGCGGCUUCGGGGUCAGGAAGCCCAAGAAGGCCUUCAUCGGUUCGGUGGAGCAAGGGUGCGGCGGGCAAGGGUAUGGGUCGGGCCACGGCGACAUCCGAGUCGGCACGACGUGCCACGUGUAGCACCCAAGUUUUGGAGACACUUUGAAAUGUGAUGAAAUGGAAAGGCCUCCGCUGUCCCUGUCACAUUUGGAGGUUAUGCAAAAGUCCUCUCCACAACAUGCCGCAGCUGGCUGUGGGAGGAGUCUGCAGCCAAGGAUAACGCGUCCUAAAUAAUAGCUCCACAAGGUGUCAUUCACUCACGGGCGGGGAGAGAUGACUGAAAGUGUGUCUGUAUUUGGGGGAAAUAAUGUGACCAUUGUUAGGCAUGAAUGCUUAGUUGGAAGACACGUCCUCCGUAAUGACAGCGUCAUGUGACUGAUCCUUGAGCUUUAUCGGUAGAAACACAAACCGAUGGACAACUCCUGUGCCAUUUUCCCAUCUGGGUUUGCACUUCAAUGCUUUAUUUAUUUGGAACAUGCUGAACAAAGUUACAUCACAUGUUUACACUUGCACAAUUCAACAUGUCCCAGUAAGAGUAGGAAGAAGCAGAGCUUACUUAAUCCUACUCCAUUCUCUCUCUGUGCGUCUCAACAAUUAACCCAGGGGUGUCCAAACCUUUCCAGCGAAGGCCACAUGUAUUUAUGCUAAGAGGUUCUAUGUGUUUCAAGAAAAAUAGUGCAUCUCAUCUUUGUCACAUACUGUCGGUGAAAAAGACGAUGAUUAUCAACUUCACUCUUUUUUUCCAUUGUUGCACUUGUUAGGUUUUUCUAUUGAAAAAAAAUUUGUACAUUUUCUUCAACCUCAUGACUUAAUUUCCAUAAUAUUUUGACUUUAUUUCCGUUAUUUGUUUUAAAAAUUACAGCUUUCUUCAUUGUUUUGUUUGUGUCUCAUAAUCUGACAACUUUUAAAAAAGUCUUUCCUGAAUAUUUCAACUUUAUGCUACUAAAAUGACUUUAUUUUUCCUCUUAAUAUAAUUACAACAUUAUUCUUGUAAACUUGUUUCUUAAUAUUUUGACUUUAUUCUUGCAGAAUUACUGCAGAUUUUUCAGAUUUUUCAUUUUUAUUUUUUUUUGUUUUCUUGUUAAAUUAAAUGGAAUAUGACGUGGGUCAAUAAAAAAACAGACGUGUGUCGCAAAUGGCCCCAGGUUCGCACUUUGGACACCCUUGAAUGAACUGCUAGUAGUGUGCUUAUGAUCAAUGACCACAAACGGCUUCGACUGUUAUCAUAAUACAACAGUUUUUUUUUAACAAAAACAACCAAAAAACUAACAGAAAUUUGUCUUUGGUGUCGUACGUAACGCCAGUUUCUCUGCUGCCGACCUGCUGUUGGUGUCAUUGCAUGCUGGUUUGUCGUGUCAAAUAGCAAGCAAAAAAAAAAGCGUGAGAAUAUGUUUUCACAGUAAUUGUAUGCCGGUACACGGUUUAGCUGGUACAUCUUUUGCCUGAGGACGGCAGCCGCUGGAAAAGACAAAAUGUACACUUUGCGGCAGCUGAAGAAACUCAAGUGCUGCCUUUGUUCCUGUCGGCCAUCGCUUCGACUUAUUAAGGACUUGCAAUGUGGGGCCGCACAGGAAACACACAAACAAAAACAAAGGGGCCAUUCUUCCACUGCAACUUGCAUGUGUUUUUGUGCAUGCAUCACAUCACGUAUCGUACGUUCCCAUCUUCUCGCUUAUCUCUACCUUUCUCUCGUGAGUGGAACGUCACGUCCAGAAAACAGAAUGCAUCCAUUGUGUGUUUUUUAACCCCUUUUCAUACCUUGUGUUUUAUAACAAAUAAGGAUGUUUUGGCUAAUCUGUGAGAGGGUUCCUGCACAGUUGUUGCCUUGAUGAACAAAUUAUUUGCGUACAUUUCCAGAGGGCUGUGUUUUCUAGACAUGUGACUGUUAGAUCGUAUAGACGGGGGCUGUGGGUGAAUUGUACACGCCACUGCUGCUUCUUGUAUGUGACUCUUUGUACUUCUCGCAUGUUCCUUUUCCUUCAUUUUGGAGUGCUUAGCCCACGUACGUGCUCUCGUGACUCGCUUCAGGUAUAGCAGAACGCGACCAACGGCUGGAUGAGACUGUUAUUUCAAUUGAGGGUGCUAACGCGGUUAUCGCCUUCCGUCCAUCACUCCAGUAAGUGUUGCGGGUCUUGUGAUGUUUUUUUUUUUUGUUUUUUUAAAUAAUAAUUAUGAUGAUGCACAAUCCUGUCUGCAUUCACACUUGUGGUUUGGUACUCUGGUCCGUGCACCCUGCUAUUUUUGUCAUGCAGUAAAGAAAAAAUACCCAAAGGAAGGACUUGAUUGUGCAGGUUUCGUCAUGUGGUUCAAAUAUUCCAAACCUGCUAGAAACCACACAUCAAGUUAACAAGUUUUUUUUAAUUGAAUGUAUUAUUUAUUGAAAUCUGACACGGCAAGUACUUUUUCCUCCAUGUUUACCUGCGAGAGAGUGGUGAAUAGCAUCCUGUCCGCUCAUUGGUCAGUCAUUGAAGCUCGUGCUGAUUGGUCCUCAGCAUGGAGACUCACGAUAAUCGCACUGGACGAGACGCAAUGUUGCCUCCCAUGUGUAGAUUCCAUUAAUGUCCAAGCAGAAGCUGUAGUAAUUCUACAUUUGAUCAAACUUAUUUAAGAUUUGUCAGAUCAAAACACGAUUGCUGCAUAACACUUCUAUUCGGGGUGCACUAUAAUUGUCUGGCCGAUAAUUAUCUGGCCGAUAUGAGGGACUUAUGACGUCAUAUCGAUAAAUCUGAUAAUAUUAAAAAUAGCUCCAAUAACCGAUCAUUUUAAAAAACACUCCAGUGAGAUGAGAUUCCUCGUACUGUGCGGGUGAGCAAAUCAAGCGUUUCUUUUUUCCUCCUUGCCUGCGACGUUAACGACCUGACGUAACUUCCACUGACUUGACUUGUAAUCAAACAUUCACUGUCAGAGGAAGAUAUUUUGCGUGCUAGUUGUACCAAAUGCUCCGCGAUAAGGGGGGGAAAAAAAAAGAUCGAGCACACAAAAAGUGCAAAAGGUUUGCCAGAGACCUCCGUGGCGUCACACCGGCUGCUCGGAGCGCAUGCCCAAAUACAGUGCGCCUUGCUGGGCCACAGCGGGUGGCUGCCUAUACUCUGGUUCUCCUGAUGGUGGUGACGUGGUAGUAGUAAUGCCAUGAUAUUUGACUAGGACAAAUGAACUUGUACAGUUGGUCAAAUCCUAAUUAGUUCCAGUCCUCCUUACCUCCAGGUGUGUACACUUAAAUCCAAACUUUAAAAGUAGAUUUUAAAAGGUUAUCAGUAUCAUAUCAGUCUUGAGAAGCAGAAAGUUAUUGGUAUCGGUUUGGGAAAAAAAAUUGUAAAAUAGUUAUUUUUAUAUUCUGCUAUAUUUCCCUGCUCAGAUUUCCCCAAAAGCUUCUAAAAUAUACUUUUAAAGGGCAGCUUUCCUGACAUAUCACGUCAUAUAAGUCAAAUUUUCCGAACCCAAAUACCGUCCGCUGGGAUGAAUAUGUAUAUAUUUUUUGAACAUUCUGCUUUAUUACUCAUUUUAGACGUCAUGUAAAGCUUCUAAACUGUACUAUUAAAGAGCGCCACUGUCUCACGCACAUAUAAGGAAAGACAGAGCAGAGAGACAGCACUUUCUCUUCCAAACGUCAUCAUUUCUGCUUAAUUUAUGCUGUCAUUUUAACACUGGUCUUUGGUCCGUGUGGCACUCACGCAAACCCAGACUCAGGGUCCGCAUCAGGGUCCGGAUGAUGGCGUUCGCCCUUGCCCAAGUGAGCAACCGCACCAGAACCAGAGUUCCUUUUAACCCGAGCAAGCAUGACAAGUGUGAAGGCAGGCUGAGUUAGAUUCACGUGUUGUCUUACUGCAGGGGUGUCCAAAGGAUUUUCCAGUGAAAAAUGAAAGGAUGCAACUUUGCCACUUUGAUAUUUUGUAAAGCAACACAUGUACUUGUAGAUAUGCUAACACGUUCUAUAUGUUUCAAUGCAUCUCAGAUUUGUCAUAUACUGUAGAUGAAACAGCAUAUUAUUAAUAUCAACUUCACUCUUUGCUCUUUUUUUAAACCCAUUUUUGCUGUUUUUAUUUUCCAAAUAUUUCAAGUUUCUUUUUAAAUAAUCUUCCAAAAUGAUCUUCUUGUAAUAUUAUGACUGUAUAUACAGCAGUUAACUGUAUAAUGUUCUUUUUCCCCAACCUGAUUUUCCAAAAAUUACAACUUUGUUUUGUUUCUCAUAUUACCACUUUUUAAAAAUAAUAACGUUAAAAAAAAUAUUUCAACUAAAAUGACAUGAUUGUUCCUGAUAAUAUUACAAGUUUAUCCUUGUAAAAUUGCUACUUUUUCCUCUUAAUAUCUUGACUUUAUUCUCAUAAAAUUACAGCUGUUUUUUUCCAUUUCUUUUUUUCAUUUUCCACCUAUUUCAACUUUCUUCUUGUAAUUUUCUUUUUGUAAUAUUAUGACUUUAUUCCCAUUAUUUUUUUACUUUACUCUCGUAACAUUAACUACUUUUUCCACAACCUAAAUUUCCAAAAAUUGUGUUUUGUUUUUUACUCAUAAUAUUACGUCUUCAAAAAAAAGUUUAAAAAAAUAUUUAAUCUUUUUUUAAUUUUAAUAUUUUAAUUAAUAUAUUUUAUUAUGCUAUUAAAAUCGCAUUAUUUUUUCCUCAUAAUAUUACAAGUAUAUUCUCAUAAAUUUGCUACUUUUUUCCUCGUAGUAUUUUGACGUCAUUUUCAUGUUUUUUUUCCCAAUGAUUUCAACUUUCUAUUUGUAAAUUUUCUUCUCAUAACAUUAUGACUUAAUUCCCAUAAAAUUCCCCAAAUUAUGACUUUAUUUUGUUUAGUUUGUUUCUCAUAAUAUUAUGACUUCACAAGAAAAAAGUAAACUUUUUAAAAAAAUAUUUCAAAUGACUUAAUUCAUGUAAGUUCAUUCAUGUAAAAGUAUGACUUUUUUUCCAUUAGAGUAAGACUUUUUUCCCUCUUAAUAUUUUGACUUUGUUCUCAUAAAUUUCCGCUUUUUUUUUUUUAUUUCUGCAUUUUUUUUUCCAACUAUGUCAACUUUCUUUUCGUAAUUCUUCUUCUUGUAAUAUUAUGACUUUAAUUCCAUAGUAUUUUGACUUUAUUUCCGUAUCAUUCUAACUUUUCGUGCAACCUAAUUUUCUAAAAAUGACAGCUUUGUUUUGUUUUGUUUCUCGUAUUAUUACAACUUUAAAAAAAAAAAAAACUUUUUUUGAUAUUUCAACUUUCUUCUUGUAAAGUUUCUUCUUGUAAUUUCAUGAAUUUAUUCCCAUAAUAUUUUGACCUUAUUCUUGUAACAUUAGAAUUUUUUCUGCAACCUAAUUUCCUACUAAUAACAACUUUAUUUUUGUAGUUUUUUGCAAUAAUACGACUUUUUUUUUUUUAAGCCUUUUUCUCUAGUAUUUCAACUUUGGGCUUCUAAAAUGACGUGAUUUUUUCUCAUUAUAGUCCGAUGUUGUCAUAAAAUUAGAUUACAACUUUUUUCUCAUAAUAUUUGACUUUAUUCUUGUUCCUUUAAUUGCCUUGUUAAAUGAAUAUUUUUAGAAUGUGCCGCGGCUGCAAAUGGCCCCCGGGCCGCACUUUGGACACCCCUGUCUUCCAUGAAGAAAAAAAAUGGCCAAGUGAAGGCUACGUGUUGAUGUUAGUACCUUGUGCUUGUCCGUGUAGAGAAAUGGCGUAUUGAAUGUUUCUAAAGCGAGCUACUUGAGGCCAUUGCAUUUAUUAGAAACAUUUUUUCCCCAAGGCGAUUCUACUGUAAAAUGUUUUUACGCUUGAAGUGAACACGAGAGAUUGUAAUCAGCUGUUUAUUUUUUUGGCUUCAAAAAGAAAUAGAAGUUGAGAAAGUGACGGAGUGUUGUUGCUGCUGCCAAGAAACGUACGUGCACUACUUUUACUUUCUGGAUGCUUUGAUGGUCUGGGAGCAAGCCGAGCCAUUAUUUGGUGAAUAACCAAGUACACGUGUGUAAAUAAAAGCCCAUUGUUGGCCUUUUCAGAGAUAUUAUUAUUAUAAUUGGUCGUGAUAAGCUAAACAGGUUGUACGACUGCAAUCAAUGACACACACACACACACACACGGAGACAUGUGUCCUUAUCUGUCUCCCGAUCUAUAUUGGAUUUUCUUCUUGGAGGUUAUUUUGGGGUGUAAAUAGGCCACACCAGCGCGGCGCUAAUUGCCAACUCAUGACCCAGCUCUUGUGAGCGGCUGACUUUCGUGACUUUUUGUUUGUGAGAAUGGUCAAAUCUCAAUGCCGUUUGAAUGCAGAAGGUUUUGUGUGUGUUUGUUUUUGUGUGUGUGUGUGUGUAAGAUGUGCUCAUACAGUGAGAAUGUUGAGAAGGUUUUGCUGAGGUGUGACCUAGAAUACUGCUCUAUGAGACUCUAUGAUGCUUUGUAGGUAUCAAACCUACUUGUACGUGUACUGUAUAUCGUAACGUAAGAUGUACGUGUUGUGUAUCUGUACUGACUAAAUAAAUGUCAUGUUAUGUCUGUGUACUCUACUUGUUGUUUUCCAAUUAGUUUUUUUCUAGAUCUAUUUUUUAAGUCUCACAAUAGUUUAAAUAGUAAAGUGUGUUAGCCUUGAUGCAGGCAUUUAUGCAGUGCUUUUAGUAAGCCCUACUAGGAAUACGAUGUGUUGUGUGUGUGUGUGUGUGUGUGUGUGUGUGUGUGUGUGUGUGUGUACCUUAGGUUUCAUUUUACAUUUAAAGGGUCACCGACAUAAUUUUUCAACUUUGCUUAAAUAUGCUACGUUGUUUGUUUUUUUGAAAGCGAAAGUUAAAUUAGUAAAAAUUGCAUUUAUGUUCCAAACCGCCAUUUUGGCCAGAGCUCGCCAGAAGGGGGCGUUUCCCAAGUGACGUCAGCGCGGCAGAGCAUCACAAAUAAACGAGCAUGAGAGAAUGGACGUGACAGAAGAUGUUUACAGUGAUUAUAGCAAAGAUUUGGGCAAUGUGGCAUUAGUUUUCGAGGCGGAAGAAACAUCUGGAGAUGAAAUAGAGAACAUGCAGAACGUGGACUUGAGCCGUAUUUAUUGGAACCACCGACGAUGGCACGAUAUGUCUGAUGACUGAGGUGACAAAGACACGGAGAUGAAGAUUGGUUGGCUUCAAACACAAAAUGUUAAGUGUAAAUGACCUUGGAGUUGCUUAUCCCUCAUUUAUUGUUUUAAAUCGUCUUCUUAAUGAGAAUAAAGGGCUCUUUUAUUGCUUUUUAUUGUGUUCGCACCCACCGUCAACAUAUUGCUGUGAAAGUAAGUUUUAUAACCUGUAUAAUGUUUUGAAUGCUUAUCACUAUGGUGGCCUAUGCUCACAAUACUGUAUAAUCAUAUACAGUCGAACCCGUCUAUAGCGGCCGCUGAAGGGAAACGGCAAACGUGGCCACUAUAGACAGGUGGCCACUAUAGACAGGUUGGCGGCCAUUUUGAAUUUGUGUGCGCACAUAUUUACAUGUCUGUGAUUAGAAGCUCUGCUAGUAUUGUCUUUUGUUAUGUUUGUUUUUAAUAUUUUGUUUUUGAAUUUGGAUUUGGUUGGCUGAUCUUAAACUUUUUUUGAAGAAAAUUUUAGUUUUAAUAAAACAAGUUUUAAUAUAAUCUUUUCAUAUUUAAAACAUUAUUACAUGUUUCUUUUUUCAAAUGUGAGUUUAUUAUUUUUCGUGCAUGAAGUGUUACGGAUGCGUGUGCAGAGGACCACAGAAUGCGAAAGCAAGGUAAGUGGAUGGCAGUUCUUUAACUGCUUUUCAGCGUGGAGGUAAUCACAGGAGUGAACUGAAGGCGCUGGGGUUCGCAGCUUGUGGAGCCCCAGGGUAAAAGGUUCAAAAACACAAGAGAAUUUGCAAAAGGUCAAGGGACAACUGGAACACCCAGCUGUGAAGACGCCGAAUCUGGAAGGGCUUGAGCGAUUUGGUGAGCCGCGAGUGCGUAGACUGAGUUGUCAUGGAAGGAACCAGCGUCUCACAGCUGCCCCUACUCUGAGUUAAGUAGGGGAAGGAUUAAUUAGCUGCCGGUGUGUCCAGUUGUCCCUGCUCCUGCUGCACGCCCAGCUGUGGGAGAGAGACAGAGAAAGAGCGAGAAAACGGGGCGCAGCAGCAGGUGACCAUCACAUGAAGCUUCUGCUUGAGUCAUUAUUUUGGCCGCUAUAUGCGGCCAGAUAUUGACCAAGGGAGACAAAAUGGGUGGCAGCUGGCCGCGUUAGACAGGUGACCGCUAUACACAGGGUCUACAACACGCAAAUUUUCUGCGGGGGAGGGGGGGAUUGAAAUGAGAUUGAAAACAGUGAGUAAAAUCCCCUUAAUUGCCUUUUAGAAGUACAAAUAAACUUGAUUAUUGGUUUGUUAAUUUAAAAUUGGCCAUGAAAAUUCAUGAAAAAAAUAAUUGUAGUGCUCCCAGGUCAGUUCUCCCAUCACACGUUGGCAAUUGAGACAUUUUUUUAAAUUAGCACAAUUGAACAGCGAAUAACAGAUUAUGCUGUGUUUUUUCUGUUGACAUGGCUCUUCUGGUGAGUAUACGCGUAUGUAAUCGCUUUUGAGAAAAUGUCGUCAAGGGGGGCUGGACAUAAUCGGCAAGUUGGCAACAGAGGUCUUGAAUUGUGAACAGGUGAAGUCGGUGGUUCUUCUCACAUACACCAAAAUUUGCACUUGCUUCGUUCUCCAGACAUCCAAGGCUCCAGCCGGGGCUGCUCACAGCAUGUGUUAGCUCACAAUGCACCAUUCUCGUCCACAACUGGUAGCUCAGUCCCCGCUGUCCUGUGUGGCUCUCCUGGCAUUCACAGCUGCAGGUGGGGCUGCUCACAGCAUGUGUCCGCUUAAAGCACUUUCCUCGGCAUGUGGCUAUCGUACUUGCGUGGUUCAUUGUAGUCUUAAACCUUCGUCUUUUGGAAAAGAAAACAAACUUACAGUAUCACUCGGACACUUUGAACAGCAAGCGUCAACACAACAUUUUGACAUGAGUAAUAUUUUGAUGAAAAAUAUACCGAACCAAGUCAACUAGCUAGGUUUGUUUACAAUCCCCCUCCUUCACCGACGUCACUUGGGAAGCGCCCCCUUCUGACGAGUUCCGACCAAAAUGGCGGCUUGGGACGUACAAAAAUGUAACGUUCGCUUUAAAAAAACAAAAACAAUGUAGAACAUAAUUACAAACAAUAUAGAACAUAUUUAAGCAAAGUUGAAAAAUCAUGUCUGUGACCUUUUAAGAUGUGGAGCGAAGCCGCCUUCUUGUAAUAUUUUGACUUUAUUCUCGUAAUAUUAUAACUUUUUCCCCCAACAUAAUUUUCCUAAUUUGAUUUUGUUUUGUUUUUCAUACUAUUACGGCUUUGAAAAAAAUAGUGUUUUUUUUUUCUAUAUUUCAAAUCUGUGCUACUAAAAUGACAUUUUUUUGUAAUGUUACAAGUUUAUUGUCAUAAAGUUCACCUUUUUUCUCACUACAGUACGACUUUUUUCUCUUAACAUUUUGACUUUAUUCUCAUAAACUUCCGGCCUUUUUUUUUUAUUUCUGCAAUUUUUCCAACUAUUUCAACGUUCUUCUUGUAAAUAUUUUUCUCGUAAUAUUAUGACUUUAUUUCCAUAAUAUUUUGACUUUAUUGUUGUAAUGUUAAAACUUUUCCACAACCUAACUUUCCAAAAAUUACAACUUAAUUUUUUUUUGUUUGUUUUUCACAAUUUUACAACUUAAAAAGAAAACAAUCUUUUUUUCUUUAAUAUUUAAACUUUAUCCUACUAAAAUGAAUUUUUUUUCCAUCAUAAUAUUACAACGUAAUUUUUGUAAAAAUACUGCUGAUUCAAUUUCCAUGUUUCGCGGUCCAUAAAAAACUAACUGCGUGCCACAAAUGGCCCCUGGGCCACUCUUUGGAAAGCGGCAAAUCUAACAGAAUAUUUUAAGAGUGUAUCACAAAUGUGGUGGAAUUCUUUACUGGGGCCAUAAUCAAAAGUGUUCAAAAUAAGUAGCAAUCAUGCAGAACGUCAUCAUUUGCUAAAUUGCAAAAUGUGGCGCUUUGGAGAGAAAUGCUAACAUGAUGUAAAUGGACUGGAACACACUGUGGAGUGCUGAAUGUGCAUUCUGCUAAUGAGGCAGCUCACUAUUUGAAGUGGAUGACUGAAUGAUGACAGAUUGAUGCUGUGUGUGUGUGUGUGAGAUAGUAGUGGGGGGAUUUUUAUACUUUUUAUAGUAGGGGGUCUAGAUCCCAACUCAACUGGAGACUGCUGGAAGUGGAGCCUGGGUGAGGCUGGACCGCAUGAAGUACUACCACCGGAAGCUGCCACCAGCCUGAGCUACGGCUGACUUCAUGUAGUCCAGUCGUUCUCUGUUAUACAAGUGAUUUGUAAUAUUGUGGACACGAGGCGGCAGUGAUGACAUAAAACAUUGAGACAUUAGCUUAUCCAUUAGCAUAAGAGUUGCAAUGUGAUGUAAAUGAGUCAUAGGAGUGUAAAGGUGACUAUAGGGGUGUUAUUUCAUGUCUACAGGGCUCUAUAAAUGUUGAAAACUAUGCUCUAACUGAAAAUAUUCAAUUUAUUAACAUUAGGGAUGUCCGAUAAUAUCAGUGAUAAUGGCAUAAAAAUGUAAUAUCAGUCAAUAUCAGUGUGUUUUUUUCCUAUAAUGAAAACCAAUCCAAAAAAUGCUGUAUAUAAUGCAGGCCUAUGGCCUCCUGUAUUUUUCGGCAUGCAAAUGAUGAUCUCAUCAAACGGCGUCUGAAGCGUGUAAACAACCGUGGAUGGCUAGUCGCAAGCCACCUCGCUCCUGACUGCUAUUAUGUCUGUGGUGUCUCCUUUGUAUAUUAAACUUGUGGUUUGCAAUGACUGCAGAGCGUUGGUUAUGCGAAUUGGAACCAAGACUUCUUCCUUCAAUACUUCCAAUUCCCAGGGCGAAAGCCAACCACCAUGGAGUGUAUCGCACUGGAUAACCAGCCCUUUUCUUUUGUGCAAGACGCCAGAUUCACCAAAGUAUUUCUCAGGUGUUUGCUUACUCGAGUUGUACAGUGUGGUUUACAGCCACGUCCAGAAGCUAAUUGCUGAUGCUGUAUCCAUUUUCACAACAGAUACACUCCUGAUCAAAAUCUUAAGACCAGUUGAAAAAUUGAUAGAAUUUGCAUUUUGCACAUUUGGAUUUUAAUGAGGUUCAAGUAGAAAACAAGAAGGGGGAGUGAGACAAAAAGCAUUUUGCAAAAGUAAUUUAUUGAAAACAACAAUUAAACUGAAAUAGGCUGUUUAUCAGCUGAUCAAAAGUUUAAGACCACAGGCUAUAAAAGCCUGUCAGGCAUUCCCACUGUCAUGCCCUCCUGAUGGCUAAAGCUAAGAAACUUUCUCUUUUUCAACAUGGUGGGAUUGUGGAGCAGCAUAAGCAAGGCCUCUCACAGCGUGCCAUUGCUGCUCAGGUUGGGUGCAGUAAAUCAGUCAUUCUACAUUUUUUUUGAAAGAUCCUGAGCAUUAUGGAACAAAAAAGUCAAGUGAUAGACCCAAAAUAAUCACACCUGCGCUGAGCCGGAGGAUCCGAUUGGCUGUCCCAUCAAGACACAGGGCGGUCUUCCAUCCACAUUAAGGUCCUUACUGGUGCCGACUGCAGCGCAAUAACCAUCAGACAGCAUCUGUGGGAAAAGCGUUUAAAAAACAAAAAAGUAAGUAAAGUAAAACAAAAUUAAUCUUGACGGUCCAGAUGGCUUCCAACGUUCAUGGCAUGACAAGGAGAUCCCACCUGAGAUGUUUUCUACCCGGCACAGUGGAGGGGGGUCCAUCAUGAUCUGGGGUGCUUUUUCAUUCAGUGGAACACUGGAGCUUCAGGUGGUGCAAGGUCGUCAAACGGAUGCAGAUUUUGCAGCGGGCAUCCCUCAUGACUGAGGGCCCUGGUCUGUGUGGUAACAGCUGGGUUCUUCAACAGGACAACGCUGCAGUUCACAAUGCUCGCUUGACCAAGGACUUCUUCAGGGAGAAUAACAUCACUCUUUUGGACCAUCCUGCAUGUUCCCCUCAUUUAAAUCCCAUAGAGAACAUUUGUGGAUGGAUGGCAAGGGAAGUUUAUAAAAAUGGCCAUCAGUUCCAGACAGUUGAUGCCCUUGGUGAAGCCAUCUUCACCACUUGGAGCAAUGUUCCCACUAGCCUCCUGGAAACACUCGCAUCAAGCAUGCCUAAAGCCAUUUUUGAAGUGAUGAACAAGAACGGUGGAGCUCCUCAUUACUGAGUCCUGCUGAGAACAUUUUUUAUUCUGGUUUGGAGAGUUUUUUGUUAUUUUUUGAGCGAUGGUCUUAAAAUUUGAUCAGCUGAUAAACAGCCUAUUUCAGUUUAAUUGUCGUUUUCAAUAAAUUACUUUUUCAAAGUACUUUUUGUCUCACUCCCCUUCUUGUUUUUGCAUAUUGUAGCUCUACUUAAACCUCAUUAAGAUCCAAAUGUGCAAAAUGCAAAUUCUAGCCAUUUUUCAACUGGUCUUAAGAUUUUGAUCAGGAGUGUGUGUGUUCAUUCCUCCACAGGUGAUAUGUGAUGUUACACAUAUCGGUAUCGGUUGAUAUCGGAAGCAGAAAUUGAGAGUUGGACAAUAUCGGCAAAAAAGCUAAUAUCGGAGAUCCCUAAUUAACAUUGAUUCUAUCACGGAAAUUCAUUGAACACAGUCGGGUCUGGAUCCAAUUAACCUCUAUUUGGCAGUAGACUACAGUAUGGUCCAUUGUUAAGAAUUAAUAUUAAAGAACCGAAAAGGAUAGAAACAAACUUCUUUUUUCUGAUAAAAGACGUGAGUCUAAUGUUUCUUUUGGUAGGUUCCAUGUUUAUAUAACCAUAGAACACAAUAUUCUGUGUGCCUUGAUAGAUCAGUCAAAAUGAUCUAAAAUGGUCGCUUCUGAAGGGUUUGUCUUUUGAAAAAUGGCUGGGAUUGAAUGAGUGAAUAUUUCAACUUUAUGCUACUAAAAUGAGAUUAUUUUUCCUCAUAAUGUAACAUUAUUCUCGUACAAUUCCAACUUUUUCUCGUUCGAUUACAAACUGUUUUGUCUUAAUAAUUUGUCUUUAUUCUCAUAAAAUUGCAAGAGCAUAGGGCAAUUACUCUCUAAAUCAGGGGUCUCAAACUCUUGGCCCACGGGCUAUUUGCGGCCCACCAAGUCACAAUUUGCGGCCCGCGACUUGACAAGAAAGACUACUGUAAAUGCAGCCCGCAAGGUCUAAGUCAGGGGUCUCAAACUUGCGGCUCGUGGGACAUUUGCGGCCCGCCAAAUCGUAUUUUACGGCAGGUAGUGUAAUUGCAGCCCGGCAAGUUCAGUGUUACUUGCAGGGGAAAGUAAACACCAGCACUGAACUCACAGUGGUGUUAUCACAUAGAGACGGGGGUGGGGGUGUCACUAGACAGAACACUACCUACAAUUGCAGUGCUAACACAAAAUGACAGCACAACAUGUAACAGGUCAGUAAACACACACAGGGCAACUACUACUAUGGGGAAUAAUGUUGCGCUAAAAGAGUCCCAUUCCUUUUGCAGCAUGUCCUCAUUAGGGUCACGGGUAAGCUGGAGCCUAUCCCAGCUGAAUGCAGCAAACUAUAAACUAUUAAAUUAUUUUUUUUGUGUCACGUUAUCACCGUAUCAAGGUUUUAUCGUUAUCGUGAGCCAUGUAUCGCUAAUCGUAUCAUUAUGUACCCUGAGAUUCCCAGCCCUACUCCCAAUACUUGAUGCGGCCCAGCCUCACCCAGACUCGACCUCCAGUGGCCCCCACUGAAAUUGAAUUUGAGACUCCUGCUCUAAAUGAUUUGAUGUCAAGUAGGGGGCCAUAAAGUAUGUAUGUGUUUGCAACCCAUGUUUUCGGUGUUUGGUGGAGCCAUUAUGUCGUCUUGUCGUGAUUGCGGCGAUGCAUACGUGGCUUGAGCUGCAGUCGUGGAAGUGGCACACAAAGCAGGUGGAGGGGCCUGCGACUGAAUAUGCAAAGAUGAGAAAAGAUUUCCAUGUAAAGCGAAGGAACGCUCAUUUGCGUGGCGUUUGAUGACUUGAGUGUCAGCUUUACAUACGAGUGCCGUAGGUUGUGUUGGCGUUUGAGCAGCAGGGGGUGAGAGAAAGAAUAACAGAGUGACAUGUCAGCCAUUGUGCUGACUCCCAACAAUAACAAUAGAGGGCUGAAUGCCCUCUCGGGCUUCCCACGGAAGCUCGGAGCCGUUAUUCCCUGCGUUAGACGUACAGUACAGUACGUUCUGUUGCCUCACCAUGCUUGGCUCAAACCCAGCAAAUGCUUUUUUUCUUAUUUGUGAUCCUGAUUAGUUCAUUAUACAAUCUAGCCUCUGUGUCGCACAGGUGAGCAUAAACAACGUAAUUGUUCAUUAGCCACAUCCUGCAGUGCUCAUGUUAUUGCACAACCUGACAUGUUAGGUCUGCAUAUGACCAUCAUCUCUUCUUAUUAUUAGCUUAGCAUCAAAGAGUCUAGUUUGUCAAAUCUUCAUCAGCUCAUCCUGCAGAGUUAUUAUUGCCUUUUCUUCAAUUACAUUGUUUUAUAUUAGCCACAUUUCAGAAGAAAAACGCAAAUAUUGGUGGCUCAGUAAAUGUAAUAUACAAUAAAACAUGAGGAAACACCAUGUAUUUGUGCAAGCCAGGGGUGUUCUUUCAUGAGCGGGGGCCACAUGGUGAAAAAUGAAAGGAUGCAACUUUGCCACUUUGAUAUGUUAUAAAGCAACACAUGUAGAUAUGCUAAAAAGUUGUUUAAAAUUGUCCAUAGGUGUGAAUGUGAGUGUGAACCCACGAAAAGCAGCAGGCCCAGACAACAUCUCAGGACGUGCACUUCGGGUUUGCUCAUCAGAGCUAGCUGAUGUGCUUGCUGACAUAUUUAACCUGUCGCUUGCACAAGCAUCUGUACCGACCUGCUUUAAGUCCACCACCAUAGUGCCCGUACCCAAGAAGAGCAACGUGACCUGCUUGAAUGACUAUCGCCCUAUAGCACUCACUCCUAUUGUUAUGAAGUGCUUUGAAAGAAUAGUCAUGACCCACAUCAAAAAGAGCAUCCCGGCCACUGUGGACCCUCUACAGUUUGCAUAUCGCCAGAACCGGUCCACGCAUGAUGCAGUCAACACUGCCAUCCACACAGCCCUUUCUCACCUACAGGGCCAGGACACAUACGUCAGAAUGCUAUUUAUAGACUAUAGCUCUGCUUUUAAUACAGUCUGCCCCCACAAACUCACAAAUAAGCUCCUCACACUUGGCCUGUCACCCUCCCUCUGUAACUGGGUGUUUAACUUUCUCACGGGCAGACCCCAGUCAGUCAGAGUCCACAACCGCACAUCCAGUAGAACAUAGCUAAGUUUCAGGAAAAUAUCAGUUCCCAACUAGAAAAGGGAGAAAACCAGCUACAUUUCAUGCAUAACUUUCACUUUGACAAAAGUUUGUUUUGCUUUUGUGACAGCUGAAAUAUCUAAACAACUAUGCCACAAUAUAACACAAAAAAUGGGUGGUUUUACAUCAAAAUAACAAUUUAUUUACAAAUAUAACACCAUGAACUAUUUACAGUUUUCACAUUUGGAACUGAACUAUGUCUGUGCGCGUUCGUGUUGUUUGUGUGCGUGUGCACAAACUCCUCCAUGCUCUCCAACUUCCUCUUGCCUGUCUUCUGUUUUUCCGCCAUGAUGAUUAUGUGAUGAUUAUCACGUGCACUUCAGCCACCUCGUGGCCUUUUUUAUGGCUUAAAAGUGCUCGACUGUGGUGGCUGCUGAGUUACAUCAUCACCUCUUUUUGCCAAUCGCGCAAAAAAACUUACGUUUUUGGGAUUGGCCGCUCGGUUUAAAAAAACAACAACUUUUAAAUACAUCUUUGUUAUUGAAUGACUUAAUAUCAACUUCACUCUUUGCCCUUUUUCCCAUUUUUGCUCUUUUUUUUUUUGUAUUUUCCAAAUAUUUCAACUUUCUUUUCAAAUAAUUUUUUGAUUUUUUUUAUAUAUAUAUAUACAUUUUGGCUUUAUUCAUUUUUACUUUAUUUUAUUUAUUUGUUUACACGCCCCUCCCCGAUUUGAAAUACUAUUGAGAAACUGAUAAUAUCUAUUUAGUUAUCUGUACUGUACAGACUGAACUCAAAACUGAAACCAGCGAAAUGCAACAAAAUGGGCAGCAGUCAAGCAAAAAAGUGUAUUCAAGGGUCGAAUUGCAUGCUGAGUACAACAAAUUCAUAGAUGUUGGCACGUCUGCACUAAUAUCAGUCCUUCCUUCCUCUCAUACCCCCUGGCAGUUCACCACACGCCCCCAGGGGGGCCCGCCCCUCUAUUUGAGAAGCACUGCUUUAUGCUCAUAAUAUUAUGACUUUAUUCCCAUGAUUGUCAAAUUUUUUCCCCAACCCAAUUUUUUCCCAAAUUUGUUUUUCUCGUAAUACACUAGGUCCCCAACUUACGAACACAAUUGGUUCCAGACGACCGUUCUUAUGUCGAAUUGUUCUUAAGUAAGGGAAAAGGUAAUAUGAGCAAUGAUAUAGGUACUACAUGUACGUGUAUACAUAUACAGUAAAUGUGUAUGUAUGUAAAUAUGAGUUUGGAUGCAGUAGUAAUAUUAAACCAGAAUAAUGAAUGAAAAAAACAAUAAUAAAAGUGAUAUAAUAAUAUGUAAUGAUAAAUGUUAUUUACCUUUGAAGAGGAGUGGUCCAGCAUACGUUGUUGUGGUGGAGUUGGAGGAGUUAUUGAAAAAAAGGACAAAUGGUGGUGGUGGUUAGACUCUUCUAAAAGAGGUAGUGUUCUGUGGGUGGUGUAGAAUUAAGCAGGCCUAUUAACUCUUCAUAAACUUUAAUCACACACUCUGUCCAGGUUGUACAAUUUAGCUUUCCAUUUAGCUUUAUCUCCUCAGCGUCUAACGCUGCCUCUGUUGGUCCCAUUAGCAGUGUCACAGUGCCCUCUACUGGUCAAGCAUGUACAGUAGCAGUAUAAAUACUGAUUGAGCGACUACAAGGCAAAAUAAAAUAAAAUAUAGACCAGUCGGCUUGUGUUCGUAUCCGCGAAUGUUCGCUAGUCGGGUGUUCGUAAGUUGGGAACCUAGUGUAUUAGGACUUUAAAAACUAAUUGUUUCUUUAAUAUUUCAACUAUAUGCUCCUGAAAAUGACAUUAUUUUUCUCAAUAAUAUUACAAGUUUAUUCCCCUAAAAUGGCCGCUUUUUCUCCUUAGAACACAACUUUUUUCUUUUCAUUUUGACUUUAUUCUCGUAAAAUUACAGCUGUUUUUUCCCCGUUUUUCCCCCAACGAUUUCAACUUUCUUCUUGUAAAUUUUCUUCUCGUAAUAUUAUGACUUCAUUCCCUUAUUUUGUCUUUAUUCCCACAAACUUUCUGUUUUGUUCAUUUUUCAUAUUAUGACUUUUUAAAAAAGUCUUUUUUUCUUUAAUAUUUAAACUUUAUGCUAUUAAAAUGAUUUUUAUAUUUUUCCUCAUAAUAUUAUUCUUGUAAUAUUACGACUUUUUCCCCAUUAGAUUUCAACUUUCUUCUCGUAAUAUUUUGACUUUAUUCUUGUAAAGUUACUGCUGUUUUUUUUUCCCAUUUUGCUGUUAUUGUUUUAGUUUUGUUGUUAUACUUUUAGAAUGUGCCGCAGGCCAACAAAAAAAACAGCAAUGUGCCGCAAAUGGCCCCCGGGCCGCACUUUGGUCACCGCUUGUAGAAGUUAACUCUUCUACUCCUGAACAGCUGCACACAAGAGCGUGAAAACGUGUCAAAACACCCCCACCCAUCCCUGCACCAACCCACCUCACCCUCCGCCCCGUGUUGGUUGUUGUUGUUCUCUGACAAAUACACCACAUGGUGGCGCUGUUGUUAGUUAAUAUUUCUCACACAGCUGUAUAAAACAUCCGUUGUAACUUUUGUUUGGUUUGCCGAGUGACCGCGAAAUUCGGCGCGCACCUUUUUUGCCAGGUGGCUUGAAAAACAUGGCCGCCACCAAGCACAACAUCUUAGCAACUAAUUUUGCAUUAAAAGUCAAUGAGCAUCUGUCUAACGAGUGAUACAACUUUGAGCAUAUACAGUAUGUAUUACAUGUAUGCUAGCAUGUCUUCCAAAGCAUUUGGACCACAGCCCAUAGGGGGCGCCACACAUGUCAUUUAGAGUCAUGGGAAAAAAAUGAGGACACCCCAUUUUUUAUCUGUUUUUCUCUUUUUAACUUCACCAAAGCUGAAAAGUCUUUAAAUCACUGAAGAAAGUGAAGGACAAAGCCUUUUUGAUCCAAAUUGUAAUGGACACUUGAAUUAAAUGCACACAUUUCUUGUUUGGAGAACUACGCCAAAGGCGGGAAUUGGGAGGACUUAAGAGGAGGUGCAGCGGCUUGAGAAAAAUCAAGAACCACAUUUAUUUUGACAUCUGCUGAGCUAUCUUUAGCGCUUGUGUUUCUUCGUUUGGCAGUUCCGCAACUGCUCUUUAUUGCCGGACUUUUGCUUCUCGCACUUCCGCAAGAGAGACGGGGACUUGUUUUCCCUCCCGUCUCACGCUAGCCUUGUCACACGGACAGGCGGAAGGGAAGCUCCAGUAAUUGGCCGUUAUGUCGGAGGUCUUUGUCCGAGCUCUCAGCACUUAAGAUAAGAAUGUCUAAAGUGGUGCUUGUGCAAACAUGGAUGCUUAUCAGCCGCUGGGAUACACCAUGUCACGGACACGGACACACUCUGUCCCGGGCCCGCGGGUUGUAAAAUGUAUUAUUAUCAAAGACUGAUGGAAUGAGCGUGUGAUCCGUUUCUCUUCCCAUGCGACCUCGGGCUUGAACCGUACUGAUGCUUGUCAUUUCUCAGCCUCAGCCGCAGGGAAUAUUACAAUGUGAGGCAAUUCACACCACAACAUACACUAUACUGUAAAGCAAACACAUUGCAAACACUUAUUUAACAUAUUUGAGUCAUCUUCCUGUAUGGUAUCUAUUCAUUGCACAGUCAAGUAAAAAAGACUUCAAUAAAAUUGUAACAAAUUAUUAUUAUUAUUUUUUAUUCAAGAACUAAAAACAAAGAGAUUUCAAUAAAAGUGUAAAAAAAUAACAAAUACAUAAAAAAUACAUAAAAGUAUAAAUAAAUACAUACAUAAAAGCAUAAAUAAAGAUAUAACAAAAAUGUCUGAACAGUGUAGAAAGUAAUUAAAAAUAAAUAACAAUAAAAGGCCGUAAAUAAAAGUGUAAAAAAAAAAAAAAAAAAAAUACGUAAAGAUUCAAGAGUUUUAUUGUCAUAUGCACAGUAAGACAGGUAGUUAUACUAUGCAAUGAAAUGACUUAAAUAAAAGUAACAAGUGAAUUUCCCCGCUGUGGGAUAAAUAAAGUACAAAUACAAAUAAAAGUAUAAUAAGAAAGAAAUACAUACAUAAAAGCAUAAAUAAAGAUAUAAAAAAAUGUCUGAACAGGGUAGAAAGUAAUUAAAAAUAAAUAACAAUAAAAGGCCGUAAAUAAAAGUGUAAAAUAAACAACGAAAAAUACGUCAAGAGUCAAGAGUUUUAUUGUCAUAUGCACAGUAAGACAGGUAGUUAUACUAUGCAAUGAAAUGACUUAAAUAAAAGUAACAAGUGAAUUUCCCCGCUGUGGGAUAAAUAAAGUACAAAUACAAAUAAAAGUAUAAUAAGAAAGAAAUACAUACAUAAAAGCAUAAAUAAAGAUAUAAAAAAAUGUCUGAAAAGUGUAGAAAGUAAUUAAAAAUAAAUAACAAUAAAAGGCCAAAAAUAAAAGUGUAAAAAAAACCAACGAAAAAUACGUAAAAAUGACUUAAAUAAAAGUAUAAUAAGAAAGAAAUACAUAUAAAUAUAAUACAAAAGCAUACAUUAAAAAAUAAAAUGACUUGAAUAAAAGUGUAAAAAACUUGCAAAUAAAUAAAAAUAACUGAAAUAUAAGUAGAAAUAAAUUAAGUGCAUAAAAGCAUGAAUAAAAUGAGUUCAAUAAAAGAAUAAAAAAAAGUCAAUACAAAAUAAAAUUACUUAAAUACAAGUGUAAAAAAAAUACAAAUAGAUAAACAAUACUUAAGUAUAAAUAAAUACAUGAAUAAAAGCAUAAAUAAAAAUGUAAAACAAAGGACUUAACAUUGGAGAAAGUAAUUAAUAAUAACAAUAAAAGGCCAUAAUUAAAAGUGGAUAAAAUAUUUAAAAUAAAUAAAAAUGAUGUAAAGUAUCGAAAAUAAACAUAUAAAUAAAAGCAUUAAUUAAAAAAAAAUUGUAAAAGUGUAAAAAAAAGAAAAACUAGAUAACUAAAAAAUAAAAUGACUUAAAAGUGUAAAAAAAUGCAAAUGAAUAAAAAUGGCUGAAAUCAAAGUAUAAAUAAAGAAAUACACAAAUUAAAAGUAUAAAUAAAAUAUAUUUUAAAAAUUUAAAUUGACAAAAGUGUAAAGAUAAAUAAAUAAUUUAAAAGAAAAUGAAAAAAAUAAUAAAUAAAAAUAAAUAAAUAAAAUAAAAUAAGUGAGUGCCAAUGGUUGUUUGUCUAUAUGUGCCCUGUGAUUGGCUGGCGACCGGUCUCGGGUUUGCCCCACCUCUCUCUCCAAAGUCAGCGGGGAUAGGCUCCAGCUUACCCCCGCGUUCGUAGCGAGGACAAGCGGCAUAGAAAAUGAAUUAAUCAAUAAAAAUGACUUACAAGUGUAAACAAAUAAUAAAAAAUAAAUAAAUAAAUGACUUAAAUACAAGUAUAAAUAAAUUAAAUAAAAACAUAAAUAAAAGCAUAAUUAAAAAAAUCUAAAUGACUUAAAGAUAAAAAAAAAUAAUUACAAAUAAAAUGACUUAAAUAAAAGUGUAAAAAAAGACUUAAUGAAAGUGGGUUGCGACUAAAUGAGCGUUGGAAGAUGUGUGUCCCAUGUUGAGACCAGUUGAGAAGCCCUGCAGUAGAGUGUGGGUGGACGUUGUGGACGUUGCCAGUCUCUGAUUGAUCCCCAUCAGCUUGCUUUUAGUUGGACUAUUUCUAUUCUCUUUCCUGCUUUUCUUCUUGCACACACGCUUUUAUUUUCAUCCGGCUUUCUUCUUCUUUGGAAGUUGCAGGAUGGCUUUUGAUGAAAGGCGGAGGGAAACAAAAGAAGCCUUAAUUAGCUGCCCAAAAUGAACUCAAUCAAUGACAUGUCUAUACUUUGCACCACCAUGAAGGAGCAGCAGGAGUCAGAGAAGAAAAACAAAGAUAUAUUUACGAGAGUGGAGUAGAUGGAGUGUUGCAAAGAUCAAAUAAAGUUGGGUUGUUUUUUUUAUCCAAAUAUUGUCGUAGUAGUGCUAGCAUUGAUGGAAAACCACAUUACUAAGAGGACUGCUUUGGUAGAGAAAAAAAAAGUUGUAUUUAUGAUCAUAAAGUUGAAAUAUUGCAAAGAUAACACAAAACCCCCCCCCCAAAUUUAGUGAAUGUAGCGCUAAUAUUAUACUGUAGGCGUUAAUGUAAAACUGUUUUAAUAAGAGGACUGAGUGUUUUGGUAAAGAGAGAAAAGUAGUGUUACAAGUUGAAAUAUUGUUAGAUAAUGUUGUAAUAUUCCGGGGAAAACCCCCCAGAAUUUUAGACAAAGUUGUAAUUUUUCCAGCAUUAAUGUAGAAUGUUAAUAAGUUAAUAAGAGGACUGUUUUGUUACAAAAAAUAAGGUCAUAUUUACCAGAAUAAUGUUGAAAUAUGAAUACAUUUGUUUGUUUCUUAUAAUAUUAGAAUUUAAAAAAUAAACUAUAAGCUACUAAAAAUGACAUGAUUUUUCCUCAUAAUAUAAUGAGUUCAUUCUUGUAAAAU